AUGCAAGGUUUAUCUGGAGGACUAACAAAUUUAAUAAUCCUACAGAUACACUAUGUAUUACGCAAGUUGUCUGUGACAUUUGAAAGUCACUGCAGUCUAAAAACCGGGAAAACAGACCCCAAUGAGGGCCAAAGUUUACGAAAUCGAUCCAAUCCUCAUUGUUGUGGCACUGUAGCUGCAUUGGACGACGCCGCCCUGCAGCUGUACAAGGACGGCGAUUUCGGAUCUUACCUAGACAUGGAGGCGUCCAUUUCCGAACAACCGGAGGAAUUCGAAGGAUUUCAAAACGAUAAAAGAAACUCGAUUGUCUUGCGCACGCAGUUGUCAGUCAAAGUACACACUAUAAUCGACAAAUUGAUGAACUCCGAAGGCAAAGAGCUCCGGAGGUGUUUGUUCGCGCUCAAGCACAUAUUUCAGGAGGAUAAGGAUUUGGUUCACGAGUUCAUACAGAACGACGGGCUACGGUGUCUCAUUAAGCUGGGCUCGGACGUCGACCAGAAUUAUCAAAACUACAUAUUAAGAGCUCUCGGGCAGGUGAUGUUGUACGUGGACGGCAUGAACGGCGUUAUCGAGGACAACCCGACCAUUCAAUGGCUGUACUCGCUGCUGACUUCCAGAUUCCGAUUGGUCGUCAAGACCGCGCUAAAGCUGUUGCUGGUCUUUAUCGAGUACGUCGAGUCCAACUGUUUGAUUUUCAUACAAGCCGUACUCGCGGUGCACCAAUCUAAUGGCACUCCAUUGUGGAGUAAUGUUAUGAAACUGCUCACCGAACCCGAUAUGGUCGACACUGAACUGUUGGUGUACGCGAUGACGUUAAUCAACAAGACAUUGAACGGUAUACCGGAUCAAGACACAUAUUACGAUCAAGUCGAUUCUAUCGAGGAACAGGGAAUAGAACAAGUUAUACAGAAGUACAUGUCGAAGCCGGGAACUGAACUUGAUCUUCUCAGACAACUUCAGAUUUAUGAAGUCGUUCUGCAACACGAAGAUGGAGAUAACAAAUCUACUCCAAUCAGAGUAGACCAUUCAAUCAGAAAAACAUUAAGAAAUAGAAAAUCAUUGAAUUCUUCAUUAGAUUCUGCUGAUAGAAGAAAAUCUAGAAGACACUCGGCCGGUAAUCCAUGUGUUCAAAUGCCUUUACUUAUGGAAAGGCUCGAUAUAAAUCCACCUUUACCAAAGCCAAACAAAUUACCUCAUCCAGGUGAGGACGCUGGAGUGACCCCUGGCUUAAAACGAAGAAGGGAACGUGCUCAAAGACAACGGAGCUUGCUCCGGGAACAAUAUAAGAACAAUAUAGCUCGACCAGAUUGGUCUAGUACUGACGACCAAGGGGAAAGUUCUGAAGGUCAAAAUGGGUUACAUCCGUUUAACUUGUCUUUCUGUAAUGGAGACACGGAAGUUCAGAGAGAGAGCUCGGUAAAAGACUUGACACAAAAGUUGACAAACUUAAGAAGUCCGGAUGAGUCACCUACUAAAUUGGCUCCACCUCUAGAUGAUAUGAGAGGAAUAAUUUCAAAAGCAAUGGAAGGACUUGCCAAAUCUCAGUCAAAAAAUGAAGUUGUGAAAAGUCCGACCUCGGAUUCAGCUAUAGAUAUACUGUCGAGAAAAACUGAGACUGAUUUACAAUGGGAGAGAUUAGUAAGUGAGUGCGAUCGUUCUCUUCAGUUAUGUGACUUAGAUUUCUCUACUCUACACUCCGACGACGAUUCUGAUGUGUUGGCGUCAUCUUCAUUUCUUGGAGGUAUUCCUCCUCCACCACCUCCUUGUCCAAUGCUACCACCCAUGCAACAGCAUGUUGCAAAGAAAACCAAAAAGACUGUAAAACUAUUUUGGAAGGAAGUUAGAGAUGACCCUAUCGCUAGAGUAAAAUUGAACUCUGAACGUCUGUUAUGGGAAGAACUAAGUCCCGUUGAAGUUGAUACUCAUAAACUUGAACAUUUAUUUGAAUCUCGUGCGAAAGAUUUUAUUACCAAGAAACAACAAGAAAUUAAUAAAACGAAAGAAGUAAUCGUAUUAGAUCCUAAACGAUCAAAUGCAAUUAAUAUAGGAAUGACAAAGUUACCUCCACCGCGGUCAAUCAAAGCGGCUAUAUUGAAAAUGGAUCCGACAGUCAUAAAUCGAGAGGGUAUAGAGAAACUCAUGACUAUGCUUCCUAGCGAUGAAGAACGAAACAAAAUUCAAGAGGCGCAGUCUGCGUGUCCGGAUUUACCUCUGGGCAGCGCUGAACAGUUCCUAUUAACACUAGCUUCGGUAUCUGAGCUUCCAGCUAGGUUAAAACUGUGGUCUUUCAAAUUAGACUACGAGAACGUUGAAAAAGAAAUCGCCGAACCGCUUAUGGAUUUAAUGCAAGGAAUUGAAAUAUUGAAAACGAACCGCACGUUUAAGGCGAUAUUGGGCACACUGCUGUCGGUGGGCAUAUUUUUGAACGGUGCUGAAGUCAAAGGAUUUCAAAUCGAAUACCUGGCUAAAGUACCGGAAGUCAAAGACACCGUGCACAAGCAUUCUCUUCUCCACCAUUUGUGUCAUAUCGUCAUGGAUAAGUUCCCUGAUUCCACGGAUUUAUAUUCAGAGAUCGGUGCUAUUACGCGUGCUUCAAGAGUAGAUUUCGGAGAAAUAGCUGCUACGUUGUCAAAAGUAGAACAAGAGUGCAGAGCGUCUUUCGACCAUUUAAAGACGAUCAGUAAACACGACGGGGCGACUGCUAUUAAAUCCAAAAUGUCAGAGUUUUUGGCCGACUGCGCUGAACGUAUUGUGGUUCUCGGUAAAGUCCACCGACGCGUUGUGAACCGUUUCAAUAAAUUUUGCCUCUGGCUCGGAAUUCCUCUGCAUAAAGUCCAACUCACCAAGCCCAACGAGUUGUGCCGUAUCGUAUCCGAGUUUUCGCUGGAGUACCGUACCACCAGGGAGCGUGUCAUCCAGCAACUGCACAAGAAGGCUAGCCAUCGGGAGCGGAACAAGACGCGGGGCAAGAUGAUAACGGAAGUCGGAAAAAUCGACAAACAAGACGCCGCCGACACUGAACUCAGACAGCUGUUGGACAAAGACCCUUCGCACAACAGGGUGUUCUCGUGGAGGAAUCAGUGUAGGCAUUCCUUGGGAAAUACAAACGGUGUUCACAUGAGCAACGACGACGACGAACUGAUCGAGAGCCUGGUGAAAACGGUCACAGCCACGGCCGGGGCGAACACGAGAACGACGCAGAGGGAACGUAAGAGAACCAAAGACGCUCAUAGAAAAUCACUGAUCAAAAGGUCUCGGACUAGGGAUAAUAUACCAAGGCAAAGUAGCAGUCACUCUCGUAAUUCGAUGUCGUAG